AUGGAACAAGCCCGCGGAGUCGCUUUCGAAGCGCGCAACACCAGGAAAUUCGGGAAUGGGCUGCAUGUCUCCUCGCGAGAGGCAAACGCAGAGGCGGACGCAGAUGCUCAAGGAAACCUCCGCCCAUGGUCACGAGAGGCAGAGCCAGAGCCCAACGGCAACCUGCGCCCGUGGUCAAGAGAGGCAGAGCCAGAGCCCAAUGGCAACCUGCGCCCGUGGUCAAGAGAGGCGGAGGCGGACCCCGAAGGAAACCUUCGCCCAUGGUCACGAGAGGCAGAAGCAGAGCCCAAGGGAAAUCUCCGUCCCUGGUCGGCCAGAGAGGCCUAG